UUUUUUUUUUUUUCAAGUAAAUCGGCAAAUUUCUCUUGGAGUUCAUGUAUUUUUUCGAAAAGACCUCGGAAUGAAAUUUUUCAAGCUCACUCGCACAAACGCUUGACCGCGGUAGGAAAAAAAAAAUUAGAUACAUCCUUCGAUGUUUAAAAAAUGACAAGUAAGAAGAGCUGUGCGUUCUAGCUAGUCGGCAGACGAAGAGCAUGGCAAUCAUGCAGUCCUGUUGCUGUUGGCGGUCGGUUCGCCACGGCAGUUUUGCAUGCGCUGUUUACUCAGUGUUUUACUACUCCGCGCUGACGGUGACGAUAGCCACGGUCCUUCAGGACGAGAGCCAAUAUCUGGCAGGAAACCACUCGCGCCCCAAGUCCAACAGCGUCCUCGAGCCGGAAGUUUCCCCGACCACGAUAAGGUUCAACAUCGCGUUCCUGGUGUGCUCGGCUUGCGGCGUAAUUUGCUGCCUUCUCCUGCUCUACGGACUCUUCAAGGACGAAAAAGUGUACCUGCUGCCGUGGAUAGUCGCGGUGAUCUUGUGCAUCGCAGUCGACAUCUCGCACUUGGUGUACCUCUUUUUCUUCGUCACGCUCGCCCUGAAUCCGAUUAGAGCGAUGCUCCUAACGUUUGACUUUUUCCUCCAGUGCUUGAACGCAUACUCGGUGCUGUGCGUCGUCUCGCAAUAUCAAGAAUACGCCGCGGGCCGCGGAACAGCGUCCGACGAUUGCCAAGCUAGGGUGCCGGCGGUGCGUUACAACGUGCAGCCAACGCCGACGGGGACCUCGUGCCUGAGCUCGAGGCGCGCGGCCACCACCAACAACGACGUCACCCGACAGACAACGGCCACGCCGAGCCAGAGCCCGACCACGACGCCUCUUCUGCUAUUAACGGCCGAGUCGCGCAGCCCGAUGUCAAGGAAGCACGUCCAGUUUCCCGACGCCGCCUCCUCGGCUGCCCCACCGAUAACUGCCGACAAAAUCACUUCGGAUGAAGCGAUUCCUCCGCGGCUGAAAACCCGAUGCAACAUGACGGAAAUGGAUUGCCUGCUCGUGCCGGCAAAACAUCAUUCAAGUCGCACAACCUCGACAACGAAACUAAUGGUAUCAAGUGAUGCUUAAAGUAUACUAUAAUCUGUAUCCAUACAGUAACAUUAUAUUUAUACAUUUACCUAUUGGCUGGACAAUUUUGACAUUGUUCCCUAUACAACUAUAUACGUCUUUAUCCGUGUGUCUAUACCUACAUUGUAUUUCUUCCGAUAACUAUUGCGGAUGAUCAUAUAUGAUAAUGUGCUUAUCGAUUUCAUGGUUGAAUUAUAGUGUCAAAAAGGAAAUAAUAAGGUCUGACUUGAUGUACAGCUGUUUCACUUGUGUGUGUAAUGUUGCGUCCCAAUAUAUUAUUAUAUUGUACACACCUACGAAUUCACGUAGGUAUAU